GAGGUCAAAUUACUUUUGAUGAAUUCAUCGCAUACAAGAGAAAACAACUUGGGCACCAGGUCACAGAAGAAGAACGAAAACUCUUUGAUCUCGAAUUCAAAUUGGUUGAUACGGACGGCAGCGGAACUAUUGAUUGGUGGGAGUUUUUAAAUUUCCAGGCUAAAGUCAAACUCUCCUCAAGAAAUCAGAAUGAGUUAGUGGACUUGCUGACAGAAAAGGAAAUUCUGAUAGCAAAGAUGGCCUUCUCCCACUUAGACACAAAUGACGAUGGCAGGAUAUCGGAGUUAGAAGCCAGGAAAGUGCUCGAUGAGUAUAUCGGUCGUUUCAACCUACCUGAAGAGAGACGAUAUAGUAUUGGCGAAACCUACGCAAAGCAUGCUUUAGCUCGAGCCAUGUCGCUCGAUGUUAAGGAACUGGGAACUGUCACGUGGAAUGAAUUUUUGCUUGGUCAGGCUCAAUACAUUUUAGUCACACGUCCAAACAUGACGUAUUUAGGACAAGGAAAGCGCUGAA